AUGUCAUUCCCCAAUGGAUCGGUGAAUGGAGAUGAAGACAUCCUUGUCCUGGCGGAUGAGCCCAUUUCAGGACGUGUGCUCGCGAUUGCGGGCUGCACCAAUUCAGGGAAGACCACUAUUGCUAAAAUCUUGACCAGUAUGUUCAUGGAAGAAGGCGCUACUGUAACGGUUGUACAUCAAGAUGAAUACUUCUACACAAAAGAGAAGGUUGAAAAGUCCUAUAGGAGAAAUGGAAGCAGCCCCAGUUUCUUCUACAAUUACGAUGCGAAGUCGGCCGUAAACCACGAAAAAAUGAUUCUCGCUAUUAAAGCGGGUUCACUCUCUUACGACUACGUUAUUGUGGAAGGGAACAUGUUGACGGAAUGGACGGACGUCAUCGAACUUUGCGACCGUGUUGUUUUUCUCACCUUAGAUCAGGAUACAUGUCGUCGCCGUCGUGUGAAACGGAAAUAUGAUCCUCCGGACGUUCCUGGUUACUUUGAAGAGGUGGUGUGGCCGGCAUAUCAACAGCAUCUGCAGAGAGCGCUAGCUAUUGCAAGAGAAGAUCGCCGCAUUUCUUUUCUAGACGUGACUUCUGACACCGAUCAUGCCGAUCCAGAGUUCAUGUUGUCUCUGAUCCACUCUUUUUCUGAUGAUGUUAUUCGCAUCUGCUACGAACCUCUGAAUGUUGAUGAAGCAGUGAAGUUGAUCAGCAGUCCGUCAUGUGGAGCAACAUCUGUAUUUGUGGGUACAACUCGUGACACAUUUGCUGGCAGAAGGGUCACACGACUAGACUAUGAGAGCUACGACGAAAUGGCUUACAAAGAGCUGCGUAGACUUUGCGGCCUAAUUCGUAGCAAAUUUCCUUCAGUUGAACGCAUCGUCAUUUGGCAUAGAAUUGGUGAAGUGGCUGUCGGUGAAACGUCGGUGAUAAUUGCCACCGCUUCACCACAUCGUAAAGACGCAAUUCACGCUACCGAGAUGGCAAUCGAUGAGCUAAAACGUGUCGUGCCGAUAUGGAAGAAGGAGGUGUAUGAAGAUGGUGGUUGUUCGUGGAAAGAAAACGGUGAAUGGUGUGCAGGAGAUCGCAGCGGUGGAUCUACAGAAGAGAAAAGUUUUGCACAAGCUAGCAGAACAAGGGAUGCCAACCGCAAGGUGUUCUGGUUGAAACAGAUGGUGAAACAAAUGAAUGCAAAGUCGUCAUGA